AUGGGACGAAAUCUGAGCCCUAUCCUUAGGCGAGAACUGGAAAAUCUUGAUAAAGAUGCUGAUAGUAGAAAAUCAGCCAUGAAAGCAUUAAAAUCCUACGUUAAAGAUUUGGAUUCGAAGGCCAUUCCAAUAUUUCUUGCUCAAGUUUGCGAGACCAAAGAAACCGGAUUGACAUCUGGGGAAUACACAAUCUCCCUUUAUGAAGUUCUUUCCCGUGUUCAUGGCACAAAAAUUGUACCCCAAAUCGACAAUAUCAUGACCACCAUUAUCAAGACUUUAACUUCUAGUGUAGCCUCUUUUGCCCUUCACCAGGCUUGCUCAAAGGUGGUUCCUGCCAUUGCUAGAUAUGGGAUUGACCCCACCACUCCCGAAAACAAGAAAAGGCAAAUUAUUCACUCUCUUUGUAAACCCCUUUCUGAUUCUCUUUUAGCUAGCCAAGAGAAUUUGUCCUCUGGGGCUGCCCUCUGUUUGAAGGCUCUUGUGGACUCGGAUAACUGGCGGUUUGCUUCAAGUGAGAUGGUCAAUGAGGUGUGUCAAAGAGUUGCUGCAGCUUUAGAAAAGCCUAUGCAGACAAAUUCACAUAUGGGGUUAGUUAUGUCUUUAGCCGAACAUAACGGUUUAGUUGUUGAAGCUUAUGCAAGAUUGUUAAUCUGGUCUGGUGUCACAAUCAUGAACACGGGUGCUUCAGAGGGUAAUUCUCAGAAACGGUUGGAAGCCAUUCAAAUGAUCAACUUUCUCAUGAGGUGUUUGGAUUACAAGUGUAUAAUGUCUGAACUUAGCUUUGUAAUCGAAGAAAUGGAGAAGUGCCAAACUGAUCAAAUGGCGUAUGUGAAAGGAGCUGCCUUUGAAGCAUCAGAAACAGCAAAGAGAAUCUUGACAGAAAAAGGUUCAAAAUAUGAACAUAGAAACAGUAAAAGAGUUGAUGAAGAUCGAUAUUCUUUCACUGGAUCACCUGAAUCACAAACCAUGGGUUCAUUUGGUGGGUGCACUUCUAUGAACGAUUCACCAUUUUCAAUCAAUUUUCUUGAUUCUGGCAGAAGUGUAAACCGAAGGCACUGGAGGAAUGGAAAUGGUGUAGUAGACGUGUCUUUGAAAGACGGUUUAUUUUCUGGUGGGAUGUCUACUCCUAGAAGCGUAAUUGAGAACUCUGAGCAUAACGGUUUUUCUGAGGAUUAUGCAGAUGGGUUUUCAGGAUUCUUGCAGAAAAGUUCAACUAAUGGUGAUUCUAGAAGUGCUACUCCUAGUCCUCAGAAAUCCCGAUCUUAUAUCAAUCUUGACAACAUUAAGAUUUUCACUACUCCAAGAAAGCUCGUCAAGUCUCUUCAAGCUCCAAACUCUGAUCUCUCAGAGAAACAGAGUCAAAGAUUCGAAAUCCCUUCUUCGAGCAAAUUUGAUUCGAACCCCACAUCAAAUCAAGAUGAAAGCGGGAUCUCCAGUGAUCGCCAAGAUGAACAAUAUCGUAGUACCUCAGAAUCGAUGUCUUCAACUGAAGAACUUUGCCAAGAACUUGUUCCUGAAACCAAAGCAAAACCUCGGUUUUUUGCUCUCAGAAUUCUUUCUGGUCUUAUUGUUUUAUUUUCGGUCAUUGUUUGUUUCUUGUUGGUAGGAAUUCCAGAUGAGGAUUACAAUCUCGUUCCUACCUGAUUUCGCUCUUCUGUUGUAUCGUGGUCGAAAGUCAAAGUUGUGACCAUCGAUAAUGUAUCGUUGGUAGAGAAAUUAAAAGGAUUCUGUAGCUUGAUUUC